AGCUUGUCUUCUGAAUUGGCGGCGCGGUCAACUGCAUUGUGGGAGUUCACGUGACAGUGAAAAGAUGGCUGACGAGAGAGAACCUCCUCCGCUCGAAGAGUUUUACAGUAUCAAAGACGAAGACGACCUGUUUGCUGAUGCCAGUGAGACAAAGAAGUAUGAACCAGCCAGUCUCAUCUUAAAUGAGGAGAAAGAUGGCCCAGCGAGUUUGCCGGAGGACAAUCUGAAAACGGAGGAUCUUUUCGCUGUUGAUGCUUAUCCACUUGAAAGCAAUGCAGAUUUAUUAGAUUAUGGUGAAGAAUUCCGAAAAGGAAUAUUGGAUCUAGGCGGUGGGACCGAAAUCAGUCUGGAACCAGACACUGAGCCGUCCACGACUGACACACCGACUGAAGCUCAGCCGGCUGGAAGUGCUCUCCCUACUCUCAACAGUGGCGGGACUGAAGUAAGGUUGGACUCCGAUGAAGAGGAGACCGAAACCCCGACUGAGGCCCAACCGGCUGGAGUGUCACUCCCGUCAGAGAGCAGUGAUGUCUCCAGAGCAGAUGAAGAACCUCCAAGAGUCGGUAUCUCACAGACAUCAACUACUUCGAAAAUGUCUUCAUCGACUAUAAAGCAAGACAAAAAUGAGAUUGAGGAAGAAGAUCCAUAUACUCUUGAAAUAAAAGUCUGUGAACCCAACAGGGUAGGAGAUGGCAUGGGAGCCUAUAUUGUUUAUAAAGUCAUCUCCAAGACUAAUAUUCCUGCAUUCCGUAAAACUACCAUGACAGUUCUAAGACGAUUCAGUGAUUUCUUGGGACUACAUGAAAAAUUAGCUCUUAAGUACAUUCGAGAUGGACGAAUUGUGCCACCAGCUCCUGAAAAGAGUGUCCUUGGGAUGACCAAAAUCAAAAUGAAUAAGGAGGAAUCUGGAUCCACCGAAUUCAUUGAAAGACGGCGACUUGCAUUGCAAAGGUGAGUCUGAAUUCUUUGUGUUAGCACUUUCAUCAUACGGAGCAUUACUG